GUCUACUUAUUAACCAAAACAAAGUUACACUUUUUGCCAUGUUUUGAACACCACAAGCAUCUUUAAAUGCAUUACAUGCUGUUGUAUAAAAAUUAUAUGUAAAUUAUUUUGGGAAAACUUUAUUAAUUAAGUUGUUAAGAAAUAUUUUAGUAAUGUGGACCGAAAAAUCAAGUUGUUAUAGAAUUUUUUCAUGUCUCUCUGUCCUUUUUAUGACUUUUGAUACGAAUGGUUUUAAAGGUGUUGAUGGUGAUACGUCAGCAAGUGUUGAUCACCAUCUUGAAAUGGGAAAAAAAAUGUUAGCAGCUGGUCAAUUAACAGAAGCUUUAUCUCAUUACCAUUCAGCUAUUGAGGGUGAUCCAAAAAAUUAUAUGACAUACUUUAAGCGUGCAGCAGUUCUUUUGGCUUUGGGAAGAUCAAAAUCAGCCCUUCCUGAUUUGGACAAAACACUUGAAUUGAGAGCAGAUUUUUUGAGUGCUCGCUUACAAAGAGCAAGCAUUCUAUUGAAACAUGGAAAGUUUGAAGAAGCUAAAGCUGACUAUCUUCAUGUGAGUAGACAAGAUUCUUCUAAUGCAGAGGCUACUCAGGGUCUAUCUAUUAUUGGUCCAGUUCAUGAAAAAGUAAAGACGGCAGAGGAAAUGUUUGAACACCACCAUUGGUAUAUGGUUAUAAGUCAUCUCGAAAAUCCUAUUGAGGUAUGCCCUUGGGAUGUUCAUUUAAGAGAAAUGCGAGCGAAAAGUUAUGAACAAAUAGGAGAUUACUUAAAAGCUAUUCAAGAUUAUCGAAUUACAACAAAAUUAAAAAGUGAUGAUACAGAAGGCCAUCUGAAAGUUGCAGAACUCUAUUACAUACUCGGGGAAGGCGAAGAUUCUUUAAAAGAAAGCAGAGAAUGUCUUAAACUUGACCAAGACCACAAAAAAUGUCACCAGCAUUAUAAGAAAGUUAAAAAACUAGUCAAGUUCUUUCAAGACGCCCAAAAAUAUAUGGAUGAAGGAAAUUAUGACGACGCAUUGUUAAAGUUAAAUGCAGCCCUUAAAAUGGAGAGCUCAAAUAAUAAGUUUGUUGUUAGUGCCAAAGAAAAAAUGUGCCAUUCAUAUGUUAAGAUUAAAAACUCAAAGGAAGCUUUUCGAGUUUGCACUGAAACAUUAGAAAUUGAACCACAGAAUGCUAAUGCAAUGUGUGACAGAGCAGAAGCUUAUUUAUUAGAGGACAAACUUGAUGAGGCCUUAAAAGAUUUUCAAAGUGCAAAAGAAAUUAACAAUGAUCUAAAUAGAGCAAAAGAAGGAAUAGAUAGAGUAAACAAACUUAUUAAACAAUCUAAAAAAAGAGAUUACUACAAAAUAUUAGGCGUUAGCAGAUCCGCAAGUAAAGCAGAAAUUCUUAGAAAAUUCCGAAAAUUAGCAUCUAAGUGGCAUCCAGAUAAAUAUGACGGUCCUGACAAAGAAAAAGCAUCAAAAAAAUUUAUUGACUUGGCUCAUGCUAAAGAAGUGUUAUCUGAUCCAGAGAAACGUGCAAAGUAUGACCAAGGUGAGGAUCCUUUAGAUCCUGAAGCUCAACAAGGUGGUGGGCAUAAUCCUUUUAGCGGAUUUCAUAACGGAUUCGGUGAAGGCUUUAAUUUUAAAUUUCACUUUAACUAAAUGGUGCGUCCUCAUGGUCUGUUGGAGAAAAGCUAUUUCAAUUUCGUACACAGAGUACCUUCUACUCCUAGUAGAAAGAAGAAAGCUUUUAUUGCUAAAAAAAACAUUCGAGGUCAUACAUACUUCAAUAUAUUUAACAAUGUUUAAAACCAUAUAUAUAGAUAGAAAAAUAAAUUGUUUGCUAUUACAUUUUUA